AUGCAGUUUACUGACGAGGAAGCCACUGGAGUCAAGCAGUGGGUGGUGAAGAAACUUGAGGAUAUCUCCGAUGCCGACUCGGACGUUCUUGCAGACUAUGUCCUGGCGCUAAUCAGGUCUGACGCGCCAGAUGACGAGAUCAGAAACACUUCGGUGGAAAAUCUGGAAGAUUUCCUACGUGAGCAUACCAAGCCAUUCGUGGAAGAUCUCUUCUCAACCUUUGCCCCCAAGGCGCCCGCCCCUCCUGAACCACAGCCUCAAAUCCAGCAGCAGCAGACGUAUACUGCACCCCAAUCGCAAGCUCCAGCCAACGUCCCGACAGGCCCAAGAAACGAAAGCCCCGCAAACAGGAAACGGACAUUUGGGGAGGGUUUCCAGGGUGAGGCAGAGCGCGAUGAUGGAAUGAUGCAGAACCGCGCGAUGAAAACUCCCCGGCGUGGGGGGCGCGGAGGUGGUCGUGGAGACUUCAUGGGCCGUGGCAUGCAACCUGGACAGCAGUUCCCUCAGCAGCAACAGCAGCCUGGUGGAUUCCCCAUGAUGCCGGGAAUGCCAGGAAUGCCGCAGUUUGACCCGAACGACCCCAUGGCUGCCAUGAUGGCCAUGCAGGGAAUGGGAUUCCCCCAGAUGCCGGGAAUGCCUGGUAUGCCUGGUGCACCUGGCCAGCCUGGAGCUGAGCAGAUGCCCAAAAGUAAUGAGCGCUGUCCGAUGUAUGAGACACAGGGUAUUUGUUACCUUGGGAACAACUGCUUCUACCAGCAUGGCGAUGGGGCAAAGGAUGAUGAAUAUGACCCCAAAACUGCUGGCUACAACGGGCGAGGCGGUGGUCAUUCUCGUGGCGACCGCGGCCGCGGCCGUGGUCGUGGUGCGUACGGUACACGGGGACGUGGUGGCCGAUCCGAUUUCUCGUCGGCAGGACCUAACGAGGAUCAGUCGGUUACCACGAUUGUGGUUGAGCAGAUUCCCGAGGAGAAGUUCAAUGAAGAAUCUGUCCGCGAGUUCUUCUCUGAGUUCGGCAACAUCACCGAGGUCUCAUUGCAGCCGUACAAAAAGAUCGCGUUGGUCAAGUACGACAGCUACCCCGAAGCCAAAGCCGCAUGGUCGAGUCCUAAAGUCAUUUUCGACAACCGUUUCGUGAAGGUUUACUGGUAUAAACCAAGCCGGGAAGAAAACAACCACUUACAACCCGAGGCACCAGCAUUCAACCCAGAAGAAUUCGAAAAACAACAAAUAGAAGCCCAGCGGGCCCACGAGGAGAAGAUGAAAAAGCGACACGAGACCGAAGCAGCCAAACAAGCUCUCGAGCGUCAACGCGACGAGCUUCUCAAGAAACAGCAAGAUGAGAGGGCGCGCCUCAUGCAGCGUCUUGGAGCUUCCGCCGACACAAGCAACGACGGCAACGCCAUGGAUAUGGGCAGCGAGCCUGCGGACGAGAACGUGAGCGACGAAACAAAGCAGUUGCGCGCUCAAUUAGCCGCCCUGGAGGCUGAGGCUAAAAGUCUGGGUCUCGACCCUGAGGCUGAUCCUGCCAGUGGAGGCCGCGGGGGUUAUCGUGGUCGUGGCGGAUAUCGCGGCCGAGGCACAUAUCGCGGACGUGGUGGGUAUGAUCCUUCAUUCCGUGGGGGAUACCGCGGACGCGGCGGAUUUGGAGCUCGCGGACGUGGCGGUGUCCUCCGUUUGGAUAACCGACCUCGCCGUGUUGCUGUGUCAGGUGUUGAACUCAACUCUGACAAGGACGAGGCACUGCGCCAGCACUUGAUGGGCAUUGGUGAAUACGAAUCCAUUGAGCCAAACCCAGACCAAUCCAACUCGGUCGUGGUAGCCUUCAAAGAACGCUUCCAAGCCGAAAAACUCAUGUUCUCCCCAUGGAACAUUCCUUCUGUCGGCGAGGUCCAGCUAACCUGGAUGCCCAAUCCCCCGAUUGUUUUCCCUCCCGCUGGAUCUGGGGAAUCCAAGGGUCCCGGUGGAUUCGAUCACAACGAACCCGAAGACACACCAAUGUCGUCCGCUCCACCGCCAAACGCUGCACCCCCACGGGACAUGGAUUACGACGUUGCCGAGGAUGAUAGCUGGGGCGCAUAG